AUGACUGGAGUUUUCUGCAAUAGCGCUAUCAAAGCGGCAGAGAGCGAUCACGAGAUGGUCGUCCAAUCGCUGGUCCAGACGCGGCAGGAGAAACUCUAUAAGCACUGCUUGUUGAACUCUUGUUGCUGUUGGUUUACUUUCAACACAGUUGUAAAGGGAAUGAAUCCUUGGAGACGGGAGACCUGGUGCCGGGUGUGCCAUGAAUGUGCCUUCAACAGUGUUAUUGGUGAGGAGCUCAAGGACCAGGUUGCCACAUUGUUCUACCAGAUUCUUGGCUGCUGUUUAGCGAGACGGAUUGAUGAGCGCGGCCAGGGCCAGAUAACUUUUACAGAUUUCGAGAAGCUCUUCGAGGACGAUGCUGUCAAGGCCUUCUUCGAAUCACUCCAGAUCGGGGCAGUGGAUGCCUGGACACUAUUCCAAAGUUUAGACAUGGACGGGGAUCAUACUAUCAGUGUGGACGAGUUCACGGAAAGAUGUUUGCAGCUGCAUGGGCCUGCUCGCUCGGCCGAUCUGUAUGCUUUGAGGCAGAGCAGUGCGAAGCUUGGCAAGCAGCUCCAGGCUAUCGAACGGGCACAGCAGCGGCUGGACUUUCAACUUCUUCGUGCAGGCAGCGCUCUAUCAACGAGCGUGGGCGAGACGAGCACAGAGACAGGCGACGAACUGAGUCAGGAUCGCAAGUCUUUCCGCGUCUAA